CCCCAGCGCGUGCUGCCCUCCGCGCUGGCAGCCAUGCGGCCGGCCGGGGUGCUGCUCGCCUUCUGCUGCUUGAUCUUGAGCGCCACCGGGGGCUCUUCGAGAGAUAUUUGUUCCCAGACCCUUAGCCCAGACGUGAAGCCAGGAUUUCCCAAAACGAUAAACCCCCACGAUCCAGAAGUCCUCCAAGCAGCCAGACACAGCGUUGAAAGGUUCAACAACUGUACAAAUGACAUCUUCUUGUUCAAGGAGUCCCACAUCAGCAGAGCCCUGGUCCAGAUCGUGAAGGGCCUGAGGUACAUGCUAGACAUGAAGAUUGGCAGAACUUCUUGCAAGAAGACCCAGCACCCUAUUCUAGACAACUGUGACUUCCAGACCAACCGUACUUUAAAAAGGACUCUCAGUUGCUACUCAGAAGUUUGGGUCAUCCCCUGGCUCCAGAGGUUCGAGGUGCCCGUUCUCCACUGUCACUGACUUCUGCCUCUCAGCAGCACUGCACUCGCGCUCUUUGCUGUGCUCAGUCACAGCCCCGCCCUGGCUGUCACAGGCCCCCAGACCUCUCGCUCACCAGUGAGCAGAAAUGCAAGUGCCUCGGGGCUCAUCGCAGAGUAGCUGGGCUGGAAGAAUGACAUUUCGCAUUUUCUUCUUCUAAACCUAAGUAAUUCUACCGAUGCUCUGAUGGUAAUUAUUCAGGCUCUGGACUCCUGAGCGAGCCCCCUCCCGUCUCCUCCCACCUGAUGACCUGAUGGUCCCACAUUCAGCAAUGAAAGCCCAGAGAUCCACCCUUUUGAAUGAGUAAAGGUUACAGCAUUGGGCAGGGGGACAAGUCAGCCAUUGUACAUCUUGACCUUUUGUGCAUGAAUAAAACGAUGAAUAAAUAUAAAGAA